AUGUUAAGUAAUAAUUUCGAUUUUGAUACAAAUGAUAAUAAGGAUGAUGAUUUCAAUCUGUUGGAUAGCAACAACAAGUCACCAAAGCCAGCACUUCCACCAUCUUUAGCAUCACCUCAAUACUCCUCCAACAAAAAUAACAAUAACAACAACAACAUCAACAAGAGUAAUAUAAAUCAAGAUAAUGAUGAAGAUAGUAAUGAUUUUGCAAAACGAUUGUCAAAUGUAAAUCAACACCUGUCACAACAGGCAAGUGCCAAUUCCAAUCAUGUCUUACCAUCGAAUGUUCAACAGGGCAAUGGAAAUUCACCAUUUCCAACAACAACAACGACAACAACGAAUAACAACAACAGCAACAAUAGCAGUAGUUACAAUAAGUAUACACCGACAUUCAACGAUGAAGACUACGCAGCAGAGUUACAAUCGGAGUACAACAGAGAGAAUUCACAUCAACAACAGAACGAAUCACUCUUUGAUCCCAGUUAUGAUUCCACUUUCGAUCUACCAGAGAUUGUUACACACUCUGAAGAUCAUCAUCGUUACAUCUCACUAAAGAGAACAGCCACCAUUAUAAAAGCAAUUUCCAUGUUUAUAAUGUUUUUCUCUAUUAUGACAUACUUUGUUCAGGCAUGGUGGUUAAUUUUCAGUCUUGGAUUGGUUAUGAAUCCACUUGGUUUCUAUUCAGCUCAUUAUUUUAAGGGUAGAAUGUUUUUAAUGUUUAAUGCUUAUCUAGUUGUAGAUAUCAUCUUUAGACUAUCAUAUUUAUUUGCAAAUAUAAAGACAUUGAACGGAUUUGGAAUAUUCCUAUCGUUUGUUAUCGUUUUCAUGGAGGGAUACUUUACAUAUUUCUGUUGGAAUUUCUAUAAGAGAUUACCAAAAACAAUGACUCCAACAUUAAGAGAAUUCUUUAGACAAGAUGCUGGUCUAUUUUCAGUUUAA